GGGGCGGAUGACACGAACUCAAGGUCAUUUUUUCAGAGAUUCUCCUAUAUUACAUUAGUCCAAUUGGAGCUCACUUGUGCUUGAGGGUUUUAGAUCAUGCUAUAAAGUCGCCCUUUCAUAUACCGUAUAAUCGAGCCUUAUGUCUGGAGAUACUGAUUUGUCACUGUUUGAAUUCAUUGACCGACUCAUUUCCAAGUCAACUUUGAAAUUUAACUAUCGAAAUUUAAAUGUCCAUAAAAUAAGGAAGCGGUUGAAGAUCCAAACGUAUGAUCUUGCUUUCGUUUUUCUUAAAGGCCCUCACAAGUUUGUUUUUGCUUUUUAACAUACACUUUUUAGAUAUUCUAAUGGAGCGGUUGUCCACCCUGGAAUUGAUCUUUAUGAAAAACUUCAUGAAAUUGUUGUUUCUGAGCUUAAGAAGACGGGAAGAGAUAGGAGAGCUGGGAGGUUAGAUGUAUUAAUCAACAGUGUUUCAAGGGAUGCAGAGCUCUUACGGAAGCUUGUGUUUCUGUUUCUCAUCGCUAACCCAGUACAUGAGGGUUCUAGUGAUUUAGAGAUAUAUGGGCAGUUUGAGGUAGUUAUACAAUUACCGAAAAAACAUGUUUAGACUGGUUCAAAUGCUAAAUCUUCAGUUGCUUAUAGUCGUCUUGCUAGUUUCACUGAUCCAGAUUAUACCGGUAUGCUUUCCUCUGUGACACGUCGAAAUUCAUCAUCAGCAAGCGCUUACUCUUUGCUGUGCAAAAGUUCAGCAUUAUUCAACCGGCCUGAUCAAAUAGGAAGUUUAUCACAGUUUACCCAGAUGGCUUCAUUUUCAAAUAGUAUGUUCAGUAUAAUCCCCAGGCAUUUUGAUUUUACGAAAUCUAACACUCUUGCAUUUCGAAAUUUUCCAACAACUUAUCGGGAAUUUGGAGACUACACUCAUCCUUUGUCUAGAAUGGACGAAGAAGAUGAAGGUUAUAGUGAGACAUGUUCCAAAGCAGAUAAUCGACCACUAUUACAUAGUGAAAAUAUUAAAGAUAUUGUCUAUCGACUUUUUUCACAAUUUUCUCCAACUAUCGGUCAGCUAUUAGUCAACGAAAUAUUCUAUCCAUCUUUUGAGCAUUACUCUAGACGCAUUUCAAGAGACAACACUUUACUGGCUAAUAAAGAUCUUAAAACUAUUUUACCAUUAAUGUCAUCAUCAAAUAAUGUCCAACGUUUCUCUUGGGAAAACAGAGGCGUUGGAUGUUUUGACAAAGAAUUGCCGUAUUUGAGUGAAGCUGGUCCGAUUUCUGCUGAAGCGGUAAUGGUAUUUAGCAAGUUCAGAUCUGAUUUCCUCGCUGGAAAUACUGGAAGCAUUACAGAAAACGUCAAUAAUACUACUACACUGAAAUCAGUUUCAGCAUACCGCAAUGACUUUCUUCGUCAUCUUUUAUUUCUGAGAAUGGGUACUCAAUCGGAAAGUUUUCAUUAUUUUUCUGAUUUCAUACCAACUACUACUACUACUACUGAUCAGAAUAGUGAUCAGACGCCGUACUAUUCUCAUCCGUUAACUGGUCACUUUGUAUGGAUACCAAAUAAUCAAGAUUCGCUUAAUAUGGGCAUUUCAUCUCAAGGUCUAUCACACUUUGUUGACAGUCAUCUGAAAGCUGGAACUGUCUACAAAAAACUCUGUUGGUUUGCUUAUCAUGUUGUUUCACUCUCUCCAGCAUCUGUUCGCGAUAAUGCUAUAUGGUUGGGAAAAAUUUGGGCAUGUUUUGUUCAAGGAUUGAGAACAUGGUUAGGUGUAUACGAGAAGUCAUUGUAUUCAAUUCUAUCAAAAUUGUCAGAUAGUAAUGACUAUGGACUCCUUUGGAUUACCGAUCGCCUAUCAUAUCUUUCUAAGCAGAUAAAGUUUGUUGGUGAAUUAUGCAUGCUCAACGCCGAACAGUCAUCGUAUCCUUUGCUAAAACUUAAUGGAUUAGGAUUAUUAGCAUAUUUAAUGUCAAAAGCUGACCAGUGUAUGUGUCAUUCAUCUGAAAGGAUAGCAAGAUUUCUUUUCAAAGAGGCUGCUGAACCGUUGAUCAGGUUUCUUGAAAAUUUUUCCUUAGAUGGUAUUCAUGAUGAUGAUACAAAUUUAGAAAAACAAGGUGAUAUACUGUGGACUAAAAGCCUUCGUAUUUUAACUUAUGCAAAAGUAUUAAACAUACCAGUGGAUAUUGAAAAUGUUAUACGCAAUUACUUGGCUGAGCUGCUACCAGAAGGAUUUGGUGAAGAAAUUAUUCUUUGUGCAAAGUCUAUGCUGUUGUUGAAAAAAAUUUGUCCUAAGCAUUUUCUGUUUCAAACUCGUUCAAAAUUUCCAAAUUUAUGUUUUCUGGAGACUAUUGAACAAGUGUCUAACUAUCAGGAUGCUUAUAGGAAAUAUCAGGAAUUGUUAAAUAAUACAGCUACUGAACAUACGGCUACAAGAAAACAGAAGAUUACUCAAAUGAUUAUUGAAAGACAGAAAUUCCUGAAGCAUGUAAAAGAUAUUCAAACGUCAAGACUUGCUGCCAUUGAAACGAAACGAAUUGAACAGUUAGAAGCUCACGUCGUCAAACAGCGUGCUCAACUGGCUGAAUUAAAAUUGGCUGCUGAAACAGCUGCCAGCAGACGUCGAGAGGCAAUAGACGCUGAAAAGAAGGCUGAUCAAAUGCUCUUAGAGUCAAUCGCCUUAUCUGAUAAGUAUAAACAAGAGGUGAUCAAUGAAGCUAAGGCUGAAUUAGAAGCGUAUUAUGCCAAUUUAACUCAGGAGGUUGAUAAACACCGAGCCGACCUAGACACUCACAUUAAAAAUGAUCAAAUUCUUAUUGAAACUCUGGAACCGAAUGCUAGUAAAGCUUUGCAAAUGAAAGCUAAUCGUAUUGCACCUAUGGCUUAUGAAGUGUACAGUGAAUUAACCGGUGAGAAAUUGUCAACCAGUAAAGUACAGUCAAGUCAGUCUUAUCCAUCUGAUCCGAUGUGUAUUAUUACAGACGAUCAACAAGAAGUUGUUGAGCGCGAAAAAACAUCCGCUUGUCGUGUUGUUUCAUCAAAUGAAGAGAAUAAUAAGAAGUCAGCGAUAAAUACGUCUGACGGUUUGUCAAAUGAUGAUCCUUUAAAUAUGUUAAGAAUUAAAUUUGCUCAGCGUAAUCAAGGCGCUUGUACAUUUAAAGAUCAAAUGUCACAGCUGAUUUAUGGUUCUGAUGACAAUCGUGUGAAUUCCGUAUGUACAAAUAAGUCUCAAAAUACCAAUCGAGAUAGAGUGGCAGAGGCAAACAAUUCGAAUCCUCUCAAAUCUAUAGAAAUGUUUAAGCAACGUAAUAAAUAUGGUCAUUCAUCUGAUUCAACGAUUCAACAUAUACUCUACGGCAAAGGUGUUGGACCAUCAUCUAGACCUUCAGAUGACAAACUCUCAAAAUUGUCGUCAAAUGAAGUUGAUGAACUGACGGAGGAUAAAACUAAUUGUUUAAUGGCUCCUCUACGCGUAUUAAUUGAUCGAUCAAUAAUUCGUCCUCUUACUCUUCAUGUGAAAUAUGUCAAUAGUGCUUUGUGCAACUAUUUCAUGUUUGAUCUUCGUCUUUGCGAUCAUUUCUACUGUUUAUAUGAAACAUACCUUCUAGCCAAUGGGAGUUUCUCUCAACUGUUAUUGAGCGGUUUAUUUGAAAAGGCUGCUGGCCCAAUUCAUCAUCGUGCGAGUUUAUUCAACACAGAUUAUCUUCAACAAUUAUUGAAAUCAGUACUAACGGAAAUGUCAUCAAGUCAUUCAGCGUUAGGCAAGAACACCACUAAUCUAGACUUCAUUACCAGCAAUUCAUAUCAUAACAUGAAUACGCCUACUGCACUACAUACUCAGCCUCUAUUGAAUUCAACACAUUUAUUAAAGCAUUACUUAAGUCUAGUGUCAUUAGUGAAGUCAAAAAAAGCGGCGAUUAUUAGCGAUACUGCUGCCGCUGCUCCUACUGCAAGUAAAAUCUCUUCCAUGAAUGAUUAUGCCGAGGAUUCUAGUAGUGAUCCUUAUGACUACAUCUCAUUUAAUCAUUUACACCUAAUAUAUAACACUCCUUGGCCGUUGAAUCAAUGCUUCAAUUCUGAUAUAAUACAAAAGUACAAUUAUAUAUUUCAACGUUUAAUCCAGUGUAAAUUUGCUCUAUGGGCAUUGAAUUCAUGCUUUCAACAAUUGAAAAAUGAUCGUGCCUAUUUAUUACAUCAUUUAUUAGCAGUAAGGAAAGUUCUUAAUAUGCAUUUAUCGAAUCAUAUUACUGUCUGUUGGAGUAAAUUUAUUAAAUACUUGGGAUUAUUUAAUACAUAUUAUAAUUUUAUGUCUGAUGAUAACUUCCCGCCAUCAUCGAGAACAUGUAAGCGAAUUAAUGAAAGUGAUCCUGGCGUCAAGGAUUAUGAAGAAGGAGAAGAAGGUACUAGAAGUGAACAGCGUAUUGACAGUCCGGCGGCAUUGUAUACUGCACACGAAAGAUAUUUGGAUGAAAUCAUUUCAGGUUGUUUAUUAGAUGCCUGCGAUAAUGAUUUCAAUCAAAUUCUACGCGGUAUGUUAACUUGUGCACAUCAAUUUCAUCGAGCUUUAUUAACCGGGAGAUGGAUAAUAAAACAAUCAUGUCAACAGUCAGUGUUCACGAAUACUACCAUCACUCCUACUAGUCGUAAUAGCAGUAACUGUAAUGAACAGUCACAAGCACAAAGUUAUCAUGAACAGAUUGAACAUACUGAAUGGCGACAAUUGUAUUCAAUACAUGCUAGUUUUCGAAGUUAUAGUCAAUUUCUUAGACGUCGAAUAAAUCGUCUACUUGUCAAUUAUUCAGGUGGCGUCGGCGGCUGCGGUGGGAAUGGUGGUGGUGGUGGUGGUGUUAAAAUUACCCGUUCAAAAUUAGCUCAGUUAUCUUUGAUAUUCGGUAUGAAUGACUUUUAUACCUUAGUCGAUAGCACUAAGCAGAAUAAUAAUAAUAUGUGA